AUGCCAAUCGAUAACCGAUUAAGACUCGCAUCAGUAUUGAUUAUAGCAGUUGCUUAUUUGUAUGACUACAACCUCUCUCUACAUGACACCUCGUCGGCCGAGACACAAGUCAUCCAUGGAUGGUCUACUGGUAUUCAAGAUCCUGCCAAGAGAGUUAAACGUGUUGCUGUCGGAUUAAACAUCAAUGCUGAUCUGAUAGUCUCAGCUACAGCUUUGCUGGACAAACUCAACAUCAAGCAAGGUGCAACCGAAGAUCAUGCCUUACUCAACUCACUGACCGAUCUACAAGAAAGCUUUGGUAAUUUCUUUGCAUCUGGUGCUGCGGCGGAGAGGUAUUUUGCCGUUGGUGAUGUGUUUGAUACUGUUAUAGAGGCUGCAGACAAGCUGGAGGUCAAAGAGUAUAGCAUAGGAGGCAAUGCAGCGUUGAUGGCAUACAUGAUGGCACAGCUUACCGAGGAUGUAGAGAUUCUUCUCAUUGGGCCAGCCGGACCAAUUGUCCGGAGAUUAAUGCCCAGUAAAGUUAAGAUAUCAGAGUCAAGUGUACGAGAAACAGACGAGAUCCAUCUGAUCAUGGAGUAUGGCAAAGGAGAACGAUGGGGUAAGCUGACCACACCCAUAGCAACACGCUUCAUAACAUCACAUGACGUCGCUAAUGCGGAGCUGGAAGGAUUGGACGUCUUCACCUCAAGCAUCAAAGAUUUCCAGCCGGACGUUGUGAUGUUCUCGGGUCUUCAUCUUCUAGACAGCAGCGGUCUCGCUAAGCAGAUUGAAAAAAUCCACGCCAUGGACAUUGAGCUUGGCAAGCUCCCUAAGAGUCUACCUGUCCACCUGGAGUUGGCUAGCAUGGCCAAUGAACAACUGGUUCGACUCAUAGCUAAAACGCUCUUACCAGUGGUUCAUUCCUUGGGCUUAAACGAGCAAGAGCUUGGUCUGGUGUCCCGCUCCAACCAGGGUCCCCACGCGGACCUCACAGCUGAUGAAAACGGCUACCCUGAAAUCGGCGCCGUGGCCGACAUUCUCUACUGGAUUCUAACCGCUCUGAUUGAAGGUCAGAGGUCACUGCUGACUAGAGUGCAUUUUCAUUCGUUAACGUUUCACAUCAUAGCUACUUUACCUAACCACUGGGAUAACAGUCUGUCUGCUGUAGGGGUCGGUGCCCGAAUUGCUGGUCGCCAGGCGUGUGGUGAUAUACCCAUCAAUCCAGCUAAAGUAGAUCUGCGCAUACCGAAAGUGUUUUCGUUGUCCGUAGACUACGCUCCAUUGAGGAAACAAGUUAUAACCUUUGACCCCAGUAAGCCCCUUCUGAAAUGGCAGAGAGGGGAUGUUACAUUUCAUUUCAGCCCGGUUCUCGUGUGCAAGAAACCGGGGAAAACUGUCGGACUUGGAGAUGCAAUAUCAGCAACUGGAAUGUUAUACUCACAAUAUACACACAAAUGAAAUCGUCCAUUAGACGAGUAGGAUACAAACUGUGUGUGAAGGUGCUCAUAUAAAAUGCCUCUGCUUUUACAAAAUAUAGAGAAAAAUGCUAAUUAGUUAAUUGUUUCCCUUCAUGUUUUGAGAGAAUGGCAAGAAAUUAGCCAGUGUCACUGAUAAUAACAUAACAUUGCUCAACUUUUUGAAGUUAAUUUUCGUUUGAACGAAGACAAAUUUAGGAUUUGACCUGUGACCUGUAGAUUGAUGUGACGACACUCUGACAACAUGGUUACAUCGCCCUAAUGUGGCCAGUUAUACCAAGUUGCCUAUUUUAAAAGUAUAGUAGUAGUUGUUUUCAAAACUAACUUUUUAGGUUUUCUUUUGAUGAGGUUGAAUAUGUUAAACAUUCCAUUGAAUAAGGUGUGCAUCGUCAAAACCAACACACUUUAGAUUUAAGUGUAGCUUGCCAUUUGAUUUUUUCUUUUUCUUAUAAAUUAUGUAUGAAAUAUUCUGAAAGAAAUUUUAAUAUUUUCUUCAACUAUAACGGGAAGUUCUGUUCUUUGAUUUUCUAUAACUGUUGAUUUUACAUCAUGAACAAUUCUUGUAGUUAGAACAACCGUCAUUAGGCAUGGUACUCUCUCUACUUAAGUCUGAUUUCCGAUAUUGUUUUCCCCUCAGUAAAAUUAGUUAAAUUGUUGUUAGUUAGCCUGGAAAUUCUAUAAAAACCUGUAUCAUAUGUACAUGGAUGUCAGCCCAUGUAGUCAAGCAAAUUUUCCAUCUUUUUUUCUAAAUUUCGUACCUGCAUAAUUUAUUUCUUAAGACCAUAACAAAUUCUGAAAUAAGAAUAGUGACAAACAAUUUAGUUUUAGCAGAGAAUUUUAUGUAAUAACUAUGCAUCUAAUGUGUGUGUUGUGGUUUUCUCGCCAAAUCUAUUUUGACAAUCAUAUUUACUUUAUUUUAUUAUUAGUCCAUUCAUGAAAUUGGAUAAAUUAAUGUCAGAAAUAUUUAGAUACAAAAAUUGUCAAUAGCCUGAUGUAGUUGCCCCAACAGGUACUUCUAAAACACUUGGUUUGUCUCAAAGACUGAAUUGCGUGUGCUAAUCUUCUUUAGUAUCAAAGAAUUGUUUCAACAGAUUUUUCAUACAAUUUUUAACUUUAAUAAAGCAGUACAAGUUCACACACAAAUUAUUUCAUGAUAUGUUUUUUAGUGUUUUAUUAAGACUAUGUAUUUACACU